AUGGCCCGAUGGUUGCAAUGCGAGAGAUUCACCCAGAAGAACUAUGCCGAUAUAGAACUGACUGGUUUUCGGCAUCUGAUGGACUUCCUAGUAAUGUAUGCAAGCACGGAGGUCAGUAAAUCCGUUCCAGAUUUGCAGUACCAGGCUCCCGCGGUUGUUCGGGGCGUGAAGAUCUGCUCCCACGGGGAAAUAAAACUUCAUCGGUCGGAGCCGUUCGGUAAGUCUAUUUCGCCAAUUUUCGCUCUCCUCGGCACACCGCUCAUCUUCUGGAAAGACCCGGACGCUGAGUUCCACCAUAACCCUCCCGGAUGGAACACAGCGUCGUCCGUAAGCAGCAAUGAGAAUGCGGCAUACAUGAUGAUGGAAACCAACCCUUCCGAGCCUUCGUGGGGCUGGGCUCCUUUGUAUUGGAAUCGUGAUAUUGGAAAUGGGUGGGUUGUCCGUGAAGACGGGCAAGAUCUGGAUGUGCGUGAUGUAGCGAUGAUGUGCUACUUUGCGAGACAUAAGCUCCAACCAAUGUUUGAGGAUACUAUAACGCCAGAUUCCAGGCUGCAGGAUAAAAAGCGUGUGUUGAGCUUUAUUACACCGGAAAACAUGCGAGCGUAUUGGAAGGAGAUCGGUGGUGAUGAGGCGUUCCGUAGCCAUGAUAAUCCGAGCGCAUCUGGUGUUGUGGUGUAG